AUCACUUUGGCGCGUACUUCGUUCUGGCGGGAGUUUAGGCUAGCAAGAGAAAGAGUCUCUGCUGGGCUUCCGGCGAACGGUUCGUGGGGAGUCUGUCGGGUUGGGGGUCUGCCGUCGCCGCCGCUAUGCUGUGUCGCUCCCUGUUUCAUCGGUGCCAGUCGGGGCCGCACGGUCUGCUGUCAAGGCUUUCCUUACACCAUCUUUUAGAAAGUUAUUGCUGUACUACAGAAGAUGAUCAUCCUUCCUAUGGAGAAAUGGGAAUGCCAGUUCCUCCUUUUGGCUGCACAUUUUCAACAGCUCCAGACGUGGAACACAUCCUUGCAGUUGCAAAUGAAGAAGGAUUUGUUAGGCUGUAUGAUACACAUGCCUGUACAAGCAGCAAGCAAGUUUUCAGAGAGUGGCAGGCUCACUCAAAUGCUGUUUUUGAUCUUGCAUGGAUGCCCAGGGAACAUAAAAUUGUUACUGCUUCAGGAGACCAGACUGCUAAAGUAUGGGAUGUAAGGACUGGUGAACUACUCGGAGUGUGCAAAGGACACCAGUGCAGCCUCAAGUCAGUGGCUUUCUCUAAAUUUGAGAGAGCUGUGUUCUGCACUGGAGGAAGAGAUGGAAACAUCAUGGUCUGGGACACUCGGUGCAAUAAGAAAGAUGGAUUUUACAGACAAGUGAAACAAAUAAGUGGAGCCCACAACAUAUUAGAUAAGCAGACACCAUCCAAACUAAAGAAGAAAAAGCAGAAUGUGAGAGGGCUUGCUCCUUCAGUGGACUUCCAACAGAGUGUGACAGUGGUGUUGCUUCAGAAUGAACACACCUUGAUUUCAGCAGGAGCAGUUGAUGGAGUAAUCAAGAUAUGGGACCUGCGCAAGAACUACACUGUGUAUCAUCAGGAUCCAGUGCCAUCCAGGUCUUUCAGCUACCCUGGGACCUGCACACGUAAACUUGGUUAUUCUAGUCUUGUUCUGGACUCCACUGGUACCUGCUUAUUCGCUAACUGUACUGAUGACAACAUAUACAUGUUCAGUUUGCUUAGUCUGAAGACCACUCCAGUGUCAGUUUUCAGUGGACAUCAGAACUCCAGUUUCUACGUUAAGUCCAGCAUCAGCCCAGAUGACCAGUUCCUGAUCAGUGGCUCAAGUGACCAGAAUGCAUAUAUCUGGAAGGUGUCUCAGCCCCAGUUUCCUCCCAUCGUACUUCAAGGCCAUUUGCAAGAAGUCACCUCUGUUGCCUGGUGCCCUUCUGAUUUCUCUAAGAUUUCCACAUGUUCAGAUGACAACACUGUCAAGAUUUGGCGUUUAAGACGGCACGCCAGUCAAGAGAACUGGCCAGACAAAAGUAGCAUGGUGGGUUGGACUCGCCAAAAGAAAGUGGCAGAACAAAAGGAAAUAGGAUUUGUAAAAAGAAGACCCAGCACUCCUGCUAAAGUUCUCCCAGUGGGCAGCCCCCCCGUUUCUUCACCACAACCGGCUGCUUGUGCUCCAGCUUACGCGGGAGAUCUUCCUCUUCCUACCAAUACACCCACGUGCUCUUCAGCCAAGAUCCCCAUGUCCACACCUGACAUUCCGGCGGGGCAGCAGAAGGCAACACCUUCGGGCGUUUCGUCCAGACCAGCAGCAUCAGCCUCGGCAGUGUCCAUUAAACGGUGGGUUACCAAGACUCCGAGCCCAUGUCCUGCGAAGGGAAUGAAGGUGCCUUCUUCGCACACAAUAACAGCAACAAUUUCUGAAACAGCUUCUGCCUCCAAAUCACCACACGUGAGGUCUGAAGUGCGAGCCAAGAGGAGGCUAGAAUCCAGCAAGGAAGGAAAUGUGAACUGUCUGAGAAGUUGCAACUGUGUGGCUGCACUUCACCCAGUGUGUAAAAAAUCCCGGCUAGAUUCGUUCGAAGGAGGCUCAGAGUCUCUUGAGGAAGUCUGCCAGACCGUGUAUGGAGUAGCACAAGCCAUUCAAAGCCUGAAAGAGCCGGCUGCCUCUGUUUCUUCUACAGACUUCCUAAACCUUCCAUGUCCUUUCAAGUCCUCCAGUGUCAAAAUAGCCAACAAGGAGAAUGGUUUUCCUCCCAAAAGAAACUGGCUGUCUCUUUUGGUGAAUAAACUACAGACUAACAAGUCUCAAAGCCCAAAUGGGUCAGGCAGCAGCACUCGGUUGUUGCAGGAUUCAAGCAUAAGGCAACAGGAAGGCAGGACAGGAGCAGCAUCACCAGGAUCUAUCUCGGCUACUUCUGUGCCCAUGAGGAAGAUCUCAACAUACUUCAGGCAAAAAUUAGAAAAAAACUGAACAGCGUUGUCCCUCCAGAUAAGCGAUAAUGUACUGUGUGUUGUGCUACUGUGGGUGCUAACGGAUAUCCUCGGAUCUCAGUUAAAAACAAGAGUUUGCCUUCCUGGAUGUUAGAAACCCGUUCAUUUGUGGCAGUUAAUUAGUUCAGAACUGCUACAGAGACAGAUCCAGUUAAUACAUAGGUCCUGGUAGUUUUAAAAAUAUAAGCUCUAAUUCGUUGUUGUGGGUUUUCCAGGCUAUUAUAAGCUUAAUUUUUUAAAAGAA